AUGAGGCUGUGGCAGACGUUGGGGUGGCUCGCCUGCGGUGUGGCCCUGGUCUGCGGUGCACCCGUUGCGCACGAAAGUCGGUUCCCUGAAGGGCGUACAUUGACUGAAACGAACUUUACCUUGACGCAGCAUGGCGCAUGGUUUGCCCCGACCUGGGCGCAGCUCGGUGAGGCAAAAGACGCACUGCGUCUGGACCCCAUUGCACCGGUCACGCUCGCGCGCAUCAACUGUCUGGUAUCGAUGGACCUGUGUGAGCAGGAGCGUGUACAGUUCUAUCCCCAACUGAGCCUUUAUCAAGACGGCAAGCAGAUCAACUCGGAUAUCCGGAACGACGGCUCGUUCGAAGUGCUCUCUGACUAUGUAGACAAGGUCGCCGAGGCGUACCGCCUGCAAAAAACCGGGCAGAGCAAUGCGACGCUGCCUGGUGUGUCGAGCGCGGCGAGCGUGGCGAGCGCCGCGUCCGUGGCGUCGGUCGCCUCUGCGUCGGAGGCGUCGGCGUCGGAAGCGUCGGCCGCCGCCGUGGCCGCGGCGGCGCCUGUGGCCACGACCGUGCCAUCGCUGCAUCCUCUUCCCGGCCUGACCAAGUUCGGGAGCGCGUCGCUGCCGAACGAGGAAGCGCUCAAGGCGUACCUCGGCAAGGACCAAGGCCAGGGCAUGUCUUUUGUCAAGUUUUUCGCACCGUGGUGCCCGCACUGCAAGGCGAUGGCCGAGUCGUACGCCGCGCUUGCGAUGAGCGUCAAGGGGCAGCUGAAUGCCAUCGCCGUCGACUGCGACAAGUACAGCGACGUGUGCAGCAACUACGGGAUCACCGGCUUCCCCACGCUGCGGCUUUACAACAAUAGCGAGAUGAUUCCGUUCACUGGCGUGCGCACCAAGGCCAGUAUGCUCCGCUGGCUCCAAGAAAAAGGCGCGUACACCGCGCUGCGUUCAAUUCGUGUGCAGGAGCUCGACACGGAGCUGCACCGCUCGCGCGCCGAGUUCCUCUACCUCGGCUCGCCGACUGCGCCGGCCGAGGAGAAGCGCUGGGUCGACCUCGCGGCGAUCGAGUACGACCACGGUGCGUUGCUCUAUUCGACCGACCCCGAGCUUUUGCGCCGCUUCCCUGCGCCGUCGCGCGCCACCGGCUACAACAGCGUCGGCUCGCGCAUCCUUGCAUUCAAAGAGUACCAGACGCAGCCCUCGUCCGCGCUCGAGCUGAACACGCUGCCUGCCGACGACGCUGACGCGGCGCGCGACAAGAUCGUGCACUGGCUGCAGCUGCACGGCCACGAGCUGCUCUCCGAGGUGGACAGCACGAAGCUCAAGGCGACUCUCGAUAACGACGAGCGCCAACCGAUCGUGCUCGCGGUGCUCGGCGCAGACACGAACGACGCGAGCGCGCUGGGCGCACAGGUCGAGAGUGUCCGCCAGCUUGCUGCUGCGUGGGCCAAGCAGGCGUCGUCGCACGUCGAGGACACGCCGCGGUUCGUGUGGUUGGACCAUGAACGCUACCCUACGCUGCUCCAGGACAAGUUCCGGGUGGACGUGCAGCAAGUCCCCCAGCUCUUUUACUUCCGCCCGGCGGACCACACGAUGAUGCCGUACACCGGUGCGACGUGGCCCGAGCAGAGCACCGCACUCGCAUGGCUCAGUGCGAUCCAGGCCGGCAGCGUGUCUGGCGUGUCCUACGGCUCGGUGUUUGACCGGACCUUUGCGUCGGUGCGCACGUCCGGCAGCACGGCGCAGUCGUUCCUGUCCGCGCACCCCCUGCUCUCGCUGAUCGUUGUCGUCGGUGUGCUGCUGCUGAUUCCGCGUGUGCGCCAGGCGAUCCGUCCUGUGGCCCGAGGCUACCGAAAACUUGUGUAG